AUGGUAGAAACGAACGUUUGGCUUUUUUAUCCGAAUCUAAUUGGCUAUCUGCGCAUUAUCCUAGCUGUAGCAUCAUUUGAGGCUAUGACCUAUGCGCCGUGGCGCGCGGCAAUUUGUUAUUUUCUAAGUGCUGCUUCGGAUGCUGUUGAUGGAUAUGUGGCGCGGCUGUGUAAUCAAUCAUCACGCUUUGGUGCUAUGCUCGACAUGUUAACGGACCGUUGUGCUCUCAUGGCAUUGGUAAUAUGUUGCGGAUGUUUCUAUCCCGAUUACUUGUUUUAUUUCCAAAUAUCAGCCGUGGUUGAUAUUGCUUCGCAUUGGCUCCAUUUUCAUGCUAGCGAUGUGACGGGUAAAACGACCCACAAACAAUCAUCAAAUGCAGUUUUGCAUCUCUAUUAUACAUCUCGUCCAUUCCUCUUUGUGAUGUGUUUGGGGAACGAGGCGUUUUACAGCUUGGUAUAUAUCACUCAUUUUUGGCCUGGUCCAGGUGUCCACGGUGUUCAUCUCAUUUCAUUGCUAGCGGCACUUUUUUUCCCAUUUGCGCUACUAAAGUCAAUGAUUAGCCUACUUCAUCUUUUCAAUGCCGCACAAACAUUAGUAGCCAAAGAUCAGGAAUUAAUUAAGCAAAGCAAAUGA